AAACCGAGUGUGGGAGCGCGGCGUGCGCACGCGCAAGUGGCUAGUUCCGUAAACAAACGUCACGCUACAUAAUGCAGUCUAUCGGUGAUUUUGUGAGUUUUAUCAAUUAACACGGAUUUGGAUUUUCUGAGAAGUUUUAAAAAGAUAUAAAUAUGCCUUUCAUUGACAUUGCGUUUCAAGCUGAAAUCAGUAGAUACGAAGAUCCAGAGUUCGAAGAAUUUGCGAAAAAAAACUGCAAUGAGAACUUUGAAACAAGAGGUAAAGCGAUUGACGAACUGAGAAGGAUGAUACGCGAGAAAGGCGAGUGCUGCCCGCGGCGGCUCGACGACGCGUAUUGUCUCAGGUUUCUGCGGUGUCGCAGGUUCAUACCGGCUUUGGCGCAUAAAUUGAUGGUACGUUACGAAGAGUUUCGUCACAAAAACGCCUAUUUAUACAACUGUGAUGCAUUCGGGCUGCAGAAAGUCAAGGAUGUAUACGGAGGCACGUUGCCAGAGAGUCCGGACAAUGGGCGAAUAAUAUUAAUGAGGUUUGGUCGUUGGGACCCUGACGCGGUGCCAAUAGACGACGUGGUCCGUUGCGCGCUCAUUAUGGAUGAGAUCGCGGUUAUGCAGCCCAAACUGCAAAUUCUGGGCGUCACCAUCAUAGUAGACCUGGAAGGGCUGAGCUUACGACACGUGAGGCAUUUAACGCCGACAAUCGCCUAUCAGAUAGUCAGUCUUAUGGGGGUUUCGUUUCCUUUACCAAUGCAUGGGCUUCACAUCAUAAGAUACAGUUGGAUUUUAAACUCAAUCUUCUACCUAUUCAAGCAAUUUAUGCCCGCUGCCGUAUGGAGUCGUCUUCAUUUCCAUGGCUCCGACAUGGCCUCUCUUCACAAAUAUAUAGACCCUGAGUAUUUGCCACCGGAAUACGGUGGAAGAUGUAGGCAUGUGGUGACCACUGAGGAAUGGUUAGCUAAAGUGUACAAAUACAGAGAUGACUUUUUAGUACAAGAGUUGAGGGACCUGGGUUUUUAUGUUAAAUAAACUUUUAUAUUUAUGAGUGUUUGUGGUGUUGUAGAUAGAUACAUUAUUAUUUAUAUGUAAAUAAAGGUAUUGAACGAGAAAAGGAACAAAAUACCCACUGAAAAUAAAUACCUACCAACAUGC